AUGAUGUAAUCUAAAAGUCCCCGUGUUGUGUUACUUUCCAGAGCUGGAAACACCUGUGCCAAGACAAAAUGAAAACUUUAGGUAUCAGUGAACUUUGUGAAGCGUGAAUCCCAAAGCAGUCUCUGUAGGGAGGGCAGGGAGCAAUUCUUGACAUAGUUAAAUAAACACAGUAGGUCUUAUUGUAGGCUGUUUAAUUGUGACGGUAGGGCUUCUGGCCUUUCCUGUUUAAUUUAAUUGUUUUCAAGAAAUGUCUACAGAGCCAUUUAUUUUAAAAAUUAGGAACUUGGGAAUUUUGCAAGCUCUUGUGAUUGGACUUGAGGAAAACAAUAUUACAUUACACAAUAGCAGCCUUUAUGGCUACCUAUUUUAAUAUUAAAUUCAGGGCCUGACAUGGAUACUGUGACCGCAGUAUCUAUUGCUCGCCAUGGAGCUGUGCUCCAGGAACUGAGAUGUCAUUUAAAGGAAAACAGUAUUGAACCAUUUUGGUUGGAAGUCUGAUUGAGGUACAGCAUGUCAGGGCAUGAGGGAAUUUGUAUCUUCUGAGAGAUAAUUGAAUGAACUGGGAUUAGGCUGGUAAAGGAAAAAGCUGUGAGAGGUGAGGGCAUGGGGUGGAGUUCUGCCAGGUGGCUGCUUUGGUCAUGUAUGUGAAAAAAGCUGGAGGGUCUGUGUAAGGAGCAGGGCUGAGCCUGCAACCCAACUGCAGGUAGUCAGCAGUUACGAGUGCAGGAAGGGUGACAGCAGCUGCAGCUAAUGAGGGAUUUGAGGUGGAACCACAAAAAGGCUUCAAAGAUCCAGGCACAGAUUGGAAAAAGGCAAAAAGAGGGGAGAUGUGGUGCUUGGGUAGAAGCAGUGAGUCUGUGUUAACUUCUCCCAGGGUCUGAAAAAGACCACAGCCUUUUGGGUUUUGUUUGUUCAUUUGUUUGCUGUUUGUACACUUGCUUCUUUUAUUGGGUUUCCUUUACUGUGGGGACAAGGUUGUUCUGGUAAAAUAAGUAGUCUGGAAACCUGACCACUGAGCUGACUGGUUUCUAUAAGGAAGGGGCUCAAAAUUGAUACUGCUGCAUGAUCUUUCCCAGGUGCCAGACUGGCAUUGCAAAGAUAUCUGUAAGAACUAGUGAUGAGAGAACAGUGAAAGAUUUGGCAUUUGGAGAAGCAUCUUAUAUCAUUGAAGACUGCACAACUUUCCUGUACAACAGAACCAUUCUGCCCUUGGCUAUUUUCCUGAAGGGUUCCUCUUGUGUGGCCUCUGAUAAAUGGCCUGUAGUAUAAACUUCUACAGCCCACUGAAGAGCAUGUUAUCAAGUGCUGCAGCCUGACCUCCACUUGGCUUGCUUUUCUAGCUGCUAUAGAGGACCACGUUUGUGAUGGAGGCUUUGCUAGAGGGAAUGCAAAAGCAAGGGCGUGGCGGCAGAGGAUUCUUGACAUCCUGUGAGGCUGAGCUGCAUGAGCUGAUGAAGCAGAUCGACAUCAUGGUGGCUCACAAGAAAUCUGAGUGGGAAGGACAGGCGCAGGCCCUAGAGGCUUGCUUGGAGGUCCGAGACCAGGAGCUUUCUUCCACUAGAGCAUUGUUGAAUGAGAAGCACAAAGAGGUUGGGAUGUUAUGCCAGCAGUUGGAAGGCAUGGAGAAGGCUAAGCAGGACAUGGCUGUUGAAUAUGAACAACAGUUGAAGAAAUUUCAAGAGGAGCUAGCCAGACUGAAAAGAAGCUAUGAAAAGCUGCAGAAGAAACAGUUGAAAGAAGCAAGGGAGAAUGCCAAGAGCCAAGGGCAUGGGCAGGACCAAUCUGAAGUGACCAGACUGACCAAGAAGAUAGAGGAGUUUCGUCAGAAGUCGCUAGAUUGGGAGAAACAGCGUUUGCUUUACCAACAGCAGGUUGUAUCACUAGAGGCGCAGAGGAAGGCUUUGGCUGAUCAAUCAGAGCUCAUUCAGCAGACUCAGCUCAGCAAACGGACGCAGCUGCUGGAAUCUGUGGAGUUGGCCAGCCAGUCAGAAAUCCAGCAUUUAACCAGCCAGCUGCAGAGGGCCAAUGGCACCAUCUGUGCCAAUGAGCUGGAGGUGGAGAGGCUUAACAUGAGAGUGGAUGAUCUGACUGAAACCAAUCAGAAGAUUCUGGAGGAGGAGCAAAGAGUCAAGGAGGAGCUGAGACGCUCCAAGAAAAUGCUGGAGGUAUUAAAAGAGGAGAAGACAGAGCUGAGAGCCACCCUGCAGUCCCAGGAAGACUUCAUUAGCAGCUCCAAAAUGCAUGAGGAGCAGUUACAGAAGGAAUUGGCCAGGGUGACUGAAACUUUGCACACCAAGGAACAACUUUUCAGGUCCCUGGAAGACUGCCUGCAUGGGAAGUGGCUGUCUCCUCAGGGAGCAGAACUGGAUCGUGUUCUGCUGCAGUUGGACCUUGCACACAAGAAUGAAGAGCACCUGCAGUCAGAGAUGGCUCGCCUUGAGAGCUGCCUAGGAUCUGCAAAUGAAAGAUGUGUACAACUGAGUGAAGAGUUGACGAAGAGGCUCAAAGAGCUGCAGCAGAUGGAAGAACAGCACUGUCAGUCAAAGGCUGAGAUGAAAAAGCUGAAGGAGCAACUGUCUCGCAUUGAACAAACUCACAACAGUGAGCUAGAAGGGAUGAAAAAGGAGAUCUCCCAACUGACGCAGGAACUGCACCAGCGUGAUAUUGCCGUUGCCUCGGCCAGUGGAUCAACCUCUGACAUGGAGCAGCGGCUGAGGAUGGAGAUUGAAAGAGCAGAAAGGAAGGCAGUGGAGCACAGGGUGAUUUUGGUUCAGCUAGAAACCUUGAGGCUAGAAAACCAUCACCUCUCUGAGAUGCUCAAGAAAGUGGAGUCUGGUGUCUCAGAGGCAAAAGAUAUCCCCUUAAGACACCUCCAAGAAAGCUAUGCCAAAGCACUGGAUACAUUAGAGUCUGAGAACCAGCAACUGCAGAGAGACCUUGCAGAAGCUAGAGCUAAGCUGGAGCUCUCCACUCAGGACUCUGAGGACAAGGAUAAGAACAUUGUACAGCAGAUGUCAAAUAAAAAGAUUGAGAUCAAGAAUGUGGAGUGCAGGGGACCUCAGGAGCCGCAGCAUAAACACAAGGAAGAAACAAGGAAAUUGCAGGCCAACUUUGACAAGAGUUCUCAGCACCACAAAGAGGAGCUACAGGGUCUGAAAGCCCAGCACUUGUCAGCUGAAACUGGGACUGCUUCUGCUUCAGCAGGUGAACAAUCCCCCCAGAUCAGUAGGAAGAACUCCCUGGAAUCUCUGUCUUCCGAUUCUUUGCCAGAUGUAAACAAAGAUUUUACUGACGAAGCAUCCAGAGAAUCGGUCUCAAGUCGACAGAGAGAAUCUGUGCUUUUGUGCCCCCUGCCUACAUCUCCUAUUGGCUCAAUAGCUGCAAGAUUUUUGGAAGAGGAAGAACUGAGAUCUCAACAUAUCUUGGAUCGCUUAGAUGCUCACAUUGAGGAACUGAAAAAAGAGAGUGAAAGGACAGUGAAACAGUUUGCACACCAGGAAUAACAUUUCUUCAAGGUCUGUGGACUUGAACACUGGUUUAAUUAAAUGACAUCAGUCUGUGAAAGAGAAGGUACCUAUGAAACUACUGGACCUUGGAGGUGGACGGACGGACAUCCCUCCUUCUCCAGGCUGAAUCACAAGUUGUGGAAGCUAAGGAAAUUAUAUUUCUCUGUGGAGCAAAUAUUUUCCUGGUGAGAGAGAUGGCUAUUAAAACUACAUCUUUGGUCUGUAAAGCUGUGUCAGUAGACCUUGGCUUAAGUGACUGUAGGCUUCUGCAGCAGAGAUAACUGUGUUUGUGUGCAUGUGUGCACCCAUGUGUGUGCAUGCAUGCAUGACCACAUUCACUGUCAUAGAGAUUUUGAUGGCUGACAGGACUGAACUGUGUAAACUAAUUUAAAUUAUUUUUAUAUGUGGAAAAAGAACUUCAAAUAAAAUAAAGUGAUAU